CUUCCCUGGACUUGUAUUUUCGUGAACAAAAACUGGGGGAAAAAAAAAAGCAAGCGCAAGAGGAUCUCGAAGAAGAUAGCAAUCAUGGCAUCCCCAUCCCACCUUUUCGUGACAGCUUUAAGUGCUCCAACACAAGAAAUAGCUAUCCUUUCUCCAUCUCUUUCGUUGCGAUGUGGCGCUUGGAAAGUAUUCCUUAAUUCACUUGCCUUGAAGAGGACUGAAAGUAAGGCAGCUAUGAAUCUGAGGGUGCAAGCGAUGGGAGGAGCACCCAAGUUCAAAGGGACGAAGAUGAGAGAGAAGCAGCUGACGGAGAUGAUAGAGAGGAAAGUAAUGGAAGCGAAGGAGGUGUGUGCGGUAGACCAGACAUCCAACGAAUGCAAGGUGGCAUGGGAUGAGGUGGAAGAGGUGAGCCAAGCCAAGGCUGAUUUCAGACUUAAGUUGGAGAAACAGGAUCCUCUCGAGUAUUUCUGCCAGGACAAUCCUGAGACUGAUGAGUGUCGCGUCUACGACGAUUAGCUUAGCUUAGCUUAGCUUGAGAUUUGCAAACCAAUCUGCAACUGAAGAAUUCCCAAAAAAAAAAAAAACUUAGCUUGGCACAAGUAAACAAUGUGAAUAGACCUGAAACUAAGUUAUGUUAGUUUUCGAGUGUAUGAUCCUCUUUGUAAUUAUCUAUCUUGUUUUAUGAAACCCAUAAUAUCUUUAU